AUGUCUGAGCCAAAUUUCCAGCCCAUCAUCACCUCUGCGGAGGAGAAGCCCGCAGCCUCCAAGCGCAGAGCAAUCUACCUGCGGCCUUUCUUGCUUUUCUACAUCAACUCUUUCAUCUUUGAAGUUGCCAUGCUCAUUGUCAGCAUCGUCUUCUUCUCAGGCUGGCGCGACAUGCUCCCCAGAUUCAUGUGGACAAUCGUCUUUUGCCCACUCGGUAUGGGAGGGGCCAUGGGCGGUCUCAUCAACGCCUUCAUCGUGGACCGCAUCUAUGGCGCUAGAGCCGUGCAUCUCGCUGCGAUCAUGAGCGUCUUGGUUCUCGGUGCCUGCAACGAUUUAUGCUAUAAUUUGGAUCUCGUAUUUGGAUGGUUCGGGGCGAAGGACCACUUCUGGUGGUGGCAUUGGCGAUAUCUGGGCAUUUGGUUCGUGGGAUAUACGAAUGGGAAGUUGAUGUUCACGGACCAGGGCCAAGAGACACUGGCCGGGUGGGGAGUAUGA